CCUCCUCUCUCGUGUUCGGGCAGACCAUAGCGGGUCCACCGCGGGCCGUGACUGAGCAGGAUCGGCGCUUGAUCGCGGCUGUGAGUGUGCAUUCUAUGAAUAUGAUUCCGGACAGAAAGGAUAUCUGAACAGAGAAGAUGUCAAAGUGGCCACAGUUUCCUUGUUUGGAUACAAACCUUCAAAGUUUGAAGUGGACCAGGUCUUUAAAAAUGCUACAGAAGUGAAUGGGCAACGUGUGUUGGAACUGGAACCCUUUAUAAAGGUGAUGUCCUCCAAGAUGGCCACACAGGACAAGGAUGAGGAAAUCCGACAGGUGUUCCUAGCCUUCGACACGCACUGCCGUGGGUUCCUGACCUUAGAUGACCUUUUGAGGGCGGGGUCUCUGGUGGCCCCCCACAUCCCCAGACACCGGAUGGAGGCUGCGUUCAGGGAGGUGGACAGUGAUGGGGACAGCAGGGUCAGCUACAGGGACUUUGAAUACAUGAUGAAGUACAGCCUGGAUGACAGGAUGUGACCUCUGACCUCAAGAGCCAAAAGUUAUUUCUGGUUGGAAUAUAAACCCCCUUCAAAUGUUUAUGAUAUUGAUGUCGCAUGGGCUGGAGAUGAACAUUUUCUAAGAUUCAUAUAAGGUACCCAGUAUUAUUUUUGACAUCAAAAUUGCAUUGUUGUUUGACCUUGGCUUAAUAAAUGGCCACUUGGCAGGAUUCCAAGGACAUUCUGAAGGCUGGGAAAUGGGCUAUUUUACCCCAUUAAGGUGACCAUCAGACAACUUUUAUUGUCAUCCUUGACUGAUUUUGUAUCAGGUAUCUGGUAUUAUUACACAUCAGCUAUUUACGUACAGUAUUGUUGCAACAGCAUGCAAGUUUGCUGUUUUUAUCAGUUAUCAAGUCUUGAACCAAACUUUACUUACUUCCUAAAAAGUUGUAAAUACCAGUAGUGUACAUGUACAUAUCUUUGGUUACAUGGUUAUCACGAGUAAAAGUGUUAGACCAGUGCAACAUUACGAAAGUUUUUUAAUGUGUUUGUGUAAGGGGAGGAGUGGUGACAGACGAUGCAUGUGGUAGGAAUCUUGUUGCUAUGAGACGCUAGCACUCACAAAGGUCAUCAGUGAAGGCUCAAUUGCUUACAUUUCAUUGGGCAUGUAGAAUUGUGUUUUCUGCCAAUCCAUGACAAUCAUGUACCAAACAUCAACAAAGACUGCGUCACAAUUUCACACCUGAAUUCUCCGUGAAGAAAGACAUCACUGAAUUCACAUCAUUACAAAACCUGUGACCUCUUAGUUUCAUUUUCUGUUUUGUAAAUUUUCAACUACAUUUACACCAUAUAUUUGUAUGCUUCCCACUCUUGUUGACAAGAGGAAGUUCCAUAACAAAACGUCAUAGGCCUCGCCAGUUACGUGCGAUGACAUCAGAAAUGCCCUGGCCAAGGUCCCUCGCCUACACAUAAUUAUAGGUUUUGUAUAGUGUUGAAGGAUUACAAUGGAGACGAGGAUUUAGUUGUCAGACAGGCAGUCAGACAUGGUUCAACACUGACAACAGCCAGAAAAUUUUGAUCAUCACCAAUAGGUUUGAAUUUUAAAAACAUCAAAACAAAUGUAAUCCAAUGGAUUUCUUUGUAAAAUCAUACAUUUUAAACAUUCAAAUAUUAUAAAGUGAAUAACAUUUUAAAGUGCAUCAGUGACUUAAUUCACAAAAAGUACAAUGGCCUCAUGGCCUUAGCCCCAUGUUAUUUAUUGCUACACUGGUAUGCCUUUUUUCAUUACCUGUUAUCUCCAAGUCAUAGUCAUGUCUGGUUAUUUUCAGCUGAAAAAACAAUGUAUUUGCUGAUAAUGCACUGUUGUAUUAUGCCACGAAUACUAGUGACAAAACAGUUUUACAUGCAAUCAUGCAUAGAAUUUCAUGCACUUUCAAAUAAUGAAUUCUAAACUUUGUAUCAAACCAAUGCAUUGAUAGACGAAAAAACUGUUACAACUA